ACAUCCGAUUGUGUAAUUACGGGGGCUCCAAAAGGUACGAUUAUUUGUCCAAAUCUGUUUUUGUGCAAGUGUACGUAACGUACGCAAUUAGAUCGAAAGCUUGCGCAAAUAUUCUGCACAAGCUUACGAUUUUUGUGAACUUGCACAAAGAAAUCGUAUCGGUCGAGGCAGCCAUUAGUGUUUUGUAACAGCGAGCCGCUGCGAAUUUUUAAGAAGUUUGAUGAAUAGAUCGAGCAAACAAAAGAACAUGGCCUAUGCGCCUGGAAGAAGUAAUGGGGACUGGAAAGACCCCAAAAAUGGCCCAUCCACCGAAAAAGGAGCACAUGGUUAUGAUGGCCCUGCUGGCAUGGAACCCGAAGGCCUCAUCGAAAGUAAUUGGGAUGAUGUCGUCGAUAAUUUCGACGAUAUGAACCUAAAAGAUGAAUUACUUCGUGGAAUCUAUGCUUACGGAUUCGAAAAACCCUCAGCUAUUCAACAGCGUGCCAUCAGGCCAUGCAUAGUCGGCCAUGAUGUUAUCGCCCAAGCACAAUCUGGUACGGGCAAAACUGCAACAUUCAGCAUCGCUAUCUUGCAGCAGAUCAAGACGAAUGUUAAUGACUGCCAGGCAUUAAUUUUGGCGCCUACAAGAGAGUUAGCACAACAAAUCCAAAAAGUUGUAAUUGCCUUGGGAGAUUUCAUGCAAGCCCAAUGCCAUGCUUGCAUUGGAGGAACUAAUGUAAGGGAUGAUAUGCGCAAGUUGGAGAAAGGGGUACAUGUAGUGGUUGGAACACCAGGACGUGUUUAUGACAUGAUCAGUAGGCGUGCUCUUCGCACAAAUACGAUCAAACUCUUUGUGCUGGACGAAGCUGAUGAGAUGUUGUCUAGGGGAUUUAAAGACCAAAUUUAUGAUGUAUUUAAAAUGCUCAGUGUGGAUGUCCAAGUUAUUCUUCUUUCGGCUACAAUGCCCACUGAUGUAUUGGAAGUCAGUAAAUGCUUUAUGAGACAUCCAGUUCGGAUUUUAGUGAAGAAAGAGGAAUUAACACUCGAAGGGAUUAAACAAUUCUUUGUUCUGGUUGAGAAGGAAGACUGGAAAUUAGAAACCCUUUGUGACCUGUACGACACCCUUUCUAUCACACAAGCCGUCAUAUUCUGUAAUACUCGUCGUAAGGUGGAUUGGCUGACUGAAAGCAUGCACCACCGCGAUUUCACAGUUUCUGCCCUGCAUGGCGACAUGGAGCAAAAAGAACGUGAUGUUAUCAUGCGACAGUUCCGUACAGGCAGUUCACGUGUACUGAUUACAACAGAUCUGUUGGCUCGAGGAAUUGAUGUUCAGCAAGUGUCUCUCGUUAUCAAUUAUGAUUUGCCUUCCAACAGGGAGAACUAUAUCCACAGGAUUGGCCGAGGUGGACGUUUUGGUCGUAAGGGUGUUGCCAUAAAUUUUGUCACAGAUGAGGAUAAGCGUACCCUGCAAGACAUCGAGCAGUUCUACAACACACAUAUCAAUGAAAUGCCAAUGAAUGUUGCUGAUUUGAUUUAA